AAACCCCGGUGUGUUUAAAGCCAGCGCCAGAAAGCAAGAGGAACUCUCAGGCUCAUUUUGGACUAAAACACUGAAGGUUAAUCUAAUUUUUGAGCAACGUGCCUGAGGGUACUGCAAAAUGUGUAAAGGAUUAGCUGCCUUGCCCCAAACCUGCCUCGUACGGGCUAAGGAGAUCAAGUCAAAAUUGGGAGUUUUGCUGCAAAAACCAGAAAAUGCAAUCGAUCUCAUUGUUCCUUAUCCGGAGAAAACGGAGAAGAAGCCAGAGAAGUUGCAGAAACCUUCAAGAGAGGAAGCUGCUCAGUGGCGUGAAAGUCUGGACCGUGUUCUGAACAACAGCUAUGGUCUUGCUACUUUCCGUAGCUUCCUGCAGUCUGAGUUCAGUGAUGAGAAUAUUGAGUUCUGGAUGGCCUGUGAGGAUUUCAAGAAGAUCAAGAACCCAGUGAAGAUGGCCGCCAAGGCAAAAAUGAUUUAUGAAGACUACAUUCAGUCUGAGGGACCAAAAGAGGUCAAUAUUGAUCAUUUUACCAAGGACGUGACUCUGAGGAAUUUGGUGGAUCUUUCUCCUGAAACCUUCGAUCUGGCUCAAAAGCGGAUCCACGCCUUGAUGGAAAAAGACUCCUUUGGCCGUUUCCUGAGGUCUGAGCAGUACCAGGAGCUUUUGGUCAACUAAACUUCAGAAGGAAACUGAGCAGCUGGGUGGGGAGGUGGUGAAUGGAUUCCGAUUUGUGUUUUGGACAAAUAUGAUGUUGAAAAUUUAAAAAAUCCAAUUUUAUCAAUGCCAAAGUUUAAGAAAAAAAAAAUUGAGAUAAAAGAAAAAAAUAAUUCACCUCUCCACCCAACACAGUUCCCAAUCCUUCCAAAUAAGUGAGUUGCUAAUGCUAAAUUUGUCAAAUUCCCCCCAAAAAAUUGUAUUCUUUGUGGCAUACAGUCGAACUCACACCUAUGGGAGAGGAGCAAUAUUUAGACAUAGUUAAUGCCAAUCAACUAUCAUCUCUAAAAAUUUAAAGGUGCCAUGAAAUAGUGUCAAAAAAUAAAAAAUGACUACAAUAACAUAAUUUUACAUGGAACAAAUAAAUUUGUCAUGUAAAUUUGGCUGAUUUUCUUUCUUUUCUUUUUUUUUUUUUUUUUUUACCAUUUCUUUGUCAUUCCACUAAAACAGUGUAUCAAGGAAUGCUCACUUAUAUUCCAGCUGGUGAUGUCACCACCAGAAAUGAUGAUCAUGUCUAGCUUUCUAGUGCUUCGUUAGCUAGUUAGCUAGCUAGUACAUGUUCACAGCUAACUGAACAAUUGGAUGGCAACAAGAGAAUAGAAAGCCUAAGGAUUGCAUGCUAGCAAACUGCAAAAAUCUGCCGCACAUUCUGGGUGUGACAUCAUCUUUUGUUUGGAGAUUUUUUAGUGGGCGGGGCCAAAGCAUCUGAGAAAGGACAACAAACUAGGAUUUAAUUUCAUUAUUAAGCCUUUUCUGUCACUUUUGUUGGAUAGAUUUGUGUACAAAAUAUGGUCUUCUAUCAUUUUAAAGUCAAUUGUUGUCAUUCUGAUUUCAUAGCACCUUUAAGUAAUUAGCGUUUGAGUUAAAAAUCCUCUCCUUGUCUAGCGCCCCCAUGCCGACCACUUAUGACGAAGGCAAAUCGCAUAAGUUGUAUACCAAAAUACAUGUUAAUAAAAGAUGCUUUGGCGUUGUGGCGAAGCUACUAUUGUAAUCUCUUCGAAAACCGACAAUAAAAAUAAUUUCAAAUAAUUAUAUAAAGUGUUGAAACAACUUCAUUUGCUUCAGAAUAAUACAAACACACCUGAUAUGAUACUGACUAAAAACCAUACUAUUAUACCAUUUAUUAUAUAAACUAAUAACUUAAUUAGGAUUUGACCUUUGCAAACUUUGCAAAGACCUGCGUCUGUAGUUAAUAACUUUACCUCACUUCGCAAAAAAUAAAAAAAAUUUAAAAAAUAAACAACGAAACAAAACAAGGUGUAUACAGGCAUGUUUGGAUGAGUUUGUUAUGGAAGAACUUGCCAACCAUGAACCAAACCCCAUUGUUGGAAUUAAUUAGAAUGGAAAAAGUGAAGCACACACUGCCAUCUAACAUAAUGGAGUGAAGGUGUGGAGGGGCAGGAUUUCUUCAUCCCUUCUUAUUAUAUUGUAACGUUUGACCAAAAUUCGUAAAUCAACCACAACAAAAAAUAAUUUGUUUAUUUUGAACAAUGCUACUAAAUCUGCUACUGCUAAGUAUUGACACAUUAAUUAAAUCAAAUAUGUACAAGCCCUCGUGCUAUUUGCUAUGUAUUGUAUGGUGAACAGUAAUCACAAAACUAUAACUUGUAUUUUCCACUUUCUUUUUCCUCCCACACACAAGUUUAUCUACAGUACAUCUACCAAAGUUCCUUUUUGGCUCUGGUAAGAGCCAUCCUUGAGAACAGUGCAGGCCAGUAGGUUCAGUGGUCAAGCCUCUUGGCUGCCACCAAACUGCAAGUUGUUUGGAUGGGAAAUCAAGUGGGAGUGAAUCUAAGAAUGAGGGAACGGUAUGGCGAAAUAGUUUUAUAAAGGAAACACAAAUAUAUUAGCAAGCUGCAGUAGUGUUUUUCCUGUGCGCCUCUACUUAAAGUGUUGAAAAUUGUAAAAGCUACAUAAGCUUAUUUAAUAUAGACACAUUUAAAGAAGGGUGGGGGGUUUCUGGGUUGCUGCAGUGGAGCUUAUCUGCGAUUUGAUCCCUUUCUUAAAUACAGUUGUUGUUAAAUAUAAGUUUUUUUGUUUUUGUUUUUCAAAUGAAUCAAAAUUACUUAAAACAACUCCAUAUUAAAAUAUAAUUUAUUCCCUAUAAAUUGCUAUACUGAUUUACAAUAAGUGAACAUUGACGGAAACAGUGGUGGGUUUGAUGUCUGUGUUCAUUUUAAAUUCACAACGUGUGAUGAUAUACUCAUGCUAUGUAAUCUGUUUUUGUUUCUUACUAAAUCAUUUAUGUUGUAACCAACACAUUAUCAUUUAUGUACAUAUUCACCAUUUGUCAAGUCCUUUUUGCUCAGAGAACUUCACAUUGUCAGGUGGCACUGUGGCACAGAUUAGGCAGUCUGAUGCCAUAAAUAAGGAGUCAAAAUAUCAUAGCUCGCAGAAUAGCAAUUAGGACUUUGAAAGUGCUGAAUAUGUCAUACAAUUGUGCAUGUAUGUCUUGAAGUUGACCACAUAAAUAUAUAUCUGCAUACUACUUUUGAAGAUGUAUUUAUUUGACAUAUGUACAUUAUAUAUUUCUAUAGAUAUCAUUAUUUGAAUUUGACUGUUUCUAAUUUAUUCACAAUGAUGAGAUUCAUAAUGAUUCUUUCAAUGGAGAAGUGACAACACAUUCUCUCAGAGACAUGUUUCUUUAUAAAAAGAGGAAACAUUUCACUUGUCACCUUGUGUUU